GAUGACCAGAGACUGCGGACACAGUACAGGGAUGACCAGAGACUGCGGACAGUACAGGAGAUGACCAGAGACUGCGGACAGUACAGGGAUGACCAGAGACUGCGGACACAGUACAGGGAUGACCAGAGACUGCGGACACAGUACAGGGAUGACCAGAGACUGCAGACACAGUGCAGGGAUGACCAGAGACUGCAGACAUAGUACAGGGAUGACCAGAGACUGCGGACAGUACAGGGAUGACCAGAGACUGCAGACAGUACAGAGAUGACCAGAGACUGCAGACAUAGUACAGGAGAUGACCAGAGACUGCAGACA